GUGCGUGUAUUGAUGUCCUACGCAGGGAUGAUGGAUGGCAGAAGGGCAGAAAUACGCCAGCAACAGGGGCGCUCGACACUUUUUUAAACUCUCCCGGUCCCCCCCUUUCCCCCCCCUCUUUUUUUCCCCCCUGUGAUCACCAAUGAGCCUCAGAGCGGGAGAAAGAAGGGAAAAGAAUCCGCGCGAGCGUCGGGAAGGGCCAGCAGCAGCACCAGCAGCAGCAGCAGACUUCGCCUUUCUUUAAAAAAAAAAAGUGUGGGGGGAGAAACAGAGCGACGGAGCACAAAAAAAAGGAAGCCCGGGCAAGUUGAACCCCACUCGCUCUUCCGCGCCCCUGAAGUGGACGAUGGGGAGCUGGGCACGACGCCCUGCUCUGGAGCCGGAACAGCCGCUGGCCGCGUGAAAACUUCUCUUUAGGGGACUCAGAAGCUGGAAUAUGCAUGUCUAAGAUGGAAACAUCCACAUCAAUGGCUUCUGCGAAAAAAGAAGAGAAAAGUGUCCUUCUGGAAGACAAUGGCUUUAGUGAACCAACGAAGAAACCAGUUCCUUUAGCAGCUGCAGCCACAGCAGCGGUGGUGACCCAAGGAGUUCCACAGCACAUUUUUCCAGCCUUCCAUUCUCCUUUGCCAAUUGACAUGCGUCACCAAGAAGGAAGAUACCAUUAUGAACCUCACUCCCUUCAUGCGAUUCAUGGACCUUCCACUCUAAGUGGCAGCCCUGUUAUCUCUGAUAUCUCCCUCAUCCGUCUGUCACCCCACCCUGUGGGACCCGCAGACUUGCCUUUCAGCCACCCUCAUCCAUACAUGAACCCCCAUGUGGAGCAUUACUUCCGGUCCAUGCACAGCAGCCCUACUCUGUCUAUGAUCUCAGCGGCUAGAGGUCUCAGCCCAGCUGAUGUAGCUCAUGAGCAUCUGAAAGAGAGGAGUCUCUUUGGCCUUCCUCAUCCUCCUCCAGGAGCCAGCCCUGCAGACUACUAUCACCAGAUGACAUUCAUGGCCAGCCACCCGAAUCCUUACGGGGAUCUCCUUGUGCAGAGUGGAGCAGCAGCCGGGGCCACGCAUCUUCAUGAUUACCUCAGCCCUGUAGAUGUGUCAAGAUUCUCCAGCCCAAGAGUAACGCCAAGACUCAGCAGGAAGCGAGCGCUUUCUAUAUCCCCCUUGUCCGACGCCAGCAUUGACCUCCAAACCAUGAUUCGGACUUCACCCAAUUCCCUGGUUGCUUAUAUUAAUAAUUCCAGAAGUAGUUCUGCCGCUAGUGGCUCGUAUGGCCAUUUAUCAGCAGGGGCAAUAAGUCCUGCCUUUACCUUCCCUCAUCCGAUCAACCCAGUGACAUACCAACAAAUUCUGAACCAGCAAAGAGGCCUGAGCUCAGCAUUUGGACAUACCCCUCCUUUUCUACAGCCAUCUCCAACUUUCCCUGCCCGGCAGCAUGUGGCUGUCAUCUCGGUCAACUCUUCUCCUGCUCAGAUCAGCAACAGCAGCAACUGCAUCGCUGAGUCCAGCCAGAACAAGCAAAGCAGUGAAUCGGCCGUUAGCAGCACAGUCAAUCCAGUAAUUCAUAAACGCAGUAAAGUCAAGACUGAAACAGAGAUUCUACCACCAGCUUCUCCACCGACUCAGGAACUUCUGACAGACUUGAAAGAAGAACUUGAUAAGGAUGAAUGCAAGCAGGAGCCUGAAGUUAUUUAUGAGACCAACUGUCACUGGGAAGGUUGUACAAAGGAGUAUGAUACGCAGGAGCAGCUGGUCCACCACAUCAACAAUGAUCAUAUUCAUGGGGAGAAGAAGGAGUUUGUUUGUCGCUGGCAGGAAUGUACCCGGGAACAGAAGCCUUUCAAAGCACAAUACAUGCUAGUGGUGCACAUGCGAAGGCAUACUGGAGAAAAACCCCACAAGUGCACGUUUGAAGGUUGCUCCAAAGCCUAUUCACGGCUAGAGAACUUAAAGACACACCUGAGGUCACACACAGGAGAAAAACCUUAUGUCUGUGAACACGAGGGAUGCAAUAAGGCCUUUUCCAAUGCUUCUGAUCGAGCAAAACACCAGAACAGAACACAUUCCAACGAGAAACCCUAUGUCUGCAAGAUCCCGGGCUGCACCAAGAGAUACACAGACCCCAGUUCUCUCAGGAAACACGUGAAGACAGUGCAUGGACCGGAAGCCCACGUCACCAAAAAGCAACGCAAUGACAUUCAUCUGAGGCCACCUGUCCUUAAGGAAAACAAUGACAAUGAAGCAAGUGCCAAGCAGAGCAGCCGGUCUACUGAAGAGCGGGCUGAGGCAAACAGCACCACCACAGGCACAGAGGACAGUUUACAAGUCAAAACGAUAAAGACAGAGAAGUCUGUGAUGUAUCAGUCCAGUCCUGGUGGCCAAUCAUCAUGCAGCAGUGAACCAUCACCCCUUGGGAGCAUCAACAACAAUGACAGUGGAGUGGAAAUGAACAUGCACAGUGGGGGAAGUCUGGGGGACCUGACUGUGUUGGAGGAUAAUACUCCUGUUGUGGACUCGACAGUUUCAUCUGGCAACUCAACUGUUGGUCUUCAACUAAGGAAAAACAUGACAGCAAUGCAACGCCUUGAGCAGCUCAAGAAAGAGAAACUCAGGACAGUGAAGGAUUCUUGCUCAUGGGCAAAUCCAGCACCACAAGUCAAAAACAGCAAACUGCCUCCCAUCCCAGGCAACGGUUGUCUGCUGGACAAUAUGUGUAGCGCCUCUACAAUGCUGCCUAACCCAAGGAGAACUGAGCUGUCCAUCAGUGAAAUUACCAUGCUAAACCAACUAGCUGAACGCCGUGACAGCUCAACCAGUACUAUCAGCUCUGCCUACACAGUCAGCCGCAGAUCAUCAGGAAUAUCCCCUUACUUCUCCAGCCGCCGUUCCAGUGAAGCUUCUCAAUUUGGAAAUCGCCCUAACAACACCAGCUCUGCUGACUCCUAUGAUCCUAUUUCCACAGAUGCCUCUCGCAGGUCAAGUGAUGCCAGUCAAUGUAAUGGGUUCUCUGGUCUCCUGAAUCUCACACCCGCUCAGCAGUACAGGCUGAAAGCUAAGUAUGCUGCUGCCACAGGAGGCCCACCACCUACACCACUACCUAACAUGGAAAGAAUGACCCUGAGGAAUAAAAUCUCUCUCCUUGAUGGUUCAGAGCCUGCUUUGCCUUCAUUUCGUCUCCCUCCAGGGCCAAGGCGUUGUAGUGACAGCAAUGCUUAUGCGUAUGGGACAUCGCCUGCAUUCUCUCAUGAAGUGCCUAGUGCAAGACGGGCAAGUGAUCCAGUAAGGAGACCUGCUGGGGACCCAGGUUCCCUUCCUAGAAUCCAUACUUUCAAUAGCACCAACAGCAUGAAUCUUCUUCAUCCUCAUGCAGACAGAAGACAAUUCAACCUUCCAGUCUUUCCACAUGCAGACAGGAGCCUUGCUAGGCAUGUGUACUCCCCACGACCCCCAAGUAUUAGUGAAAAUAUUGCCAUGGAAGCAAUGCCUGGUGAGACAGAUAGUUCUGUGGGAGAUGACGAUAUUGUCCUGCCUGAUGAUGUGGUACAAUACAUCAAAUCCCAAAACAAUGGGGUUGCCACGGAGAACUCUUCUACAGGGUAUGGCAGUGAAAUGCAAAACUUCCAAGUAAACGCAAAAGUGCAAAAUAACAAUGCAUUAAACCAGCGUAGAAUGGCUGUUCCAGAUCUGAGUAUGAACCAUGCAAACUCUGUUGGUGGUGGAUGCCAAAUAAACUAUGGAGCUAACUCUAAUUUGCAUAAAAAUAACAUGCCAGUCCAGUGGAAUGAAGUUAGCUCAGGAACUGUUGAUGUACCCUCCUCUCAAGCAAAGCAGCAGUUCCCUCAGCGGAACCUAGCUGUAUUCCAUCAGAAGCAAAACUUUGGUCAGUAUCAGAACUUCAACCAACAGCAGUUGCAGGCAGGCCAAAACAACAUGAAUGGGAAUCUGCAGCAGUUUGUGCAGAAAAACGCAGGCAUGGAUGGACAAAGGCUCAAUUGCAUGCACUUAAAGCAGCAACAGGUGAAUCCAGGUUCUGUUAACAACUUAAACCUGAACUCCCAUGAAGUGUUCAACCAAGUUCAUCAUCAAAUGCUAAGUCCAAAUACGAUGGGGGGUGGUGAUGUCACCCAACUUUCUCCUUCCUGUAAUAACAUGACCAUGAAGCCUGCAUUCCACGUUCAUUCUCAGCAAUUAGAUAACGUGGCUAAUCCCAUUUCAAUAGUUAGCAAUGGCAGAGAAUAUGUAAUGCACAGUCAAGACAUGCAGGAACCGGGGUAUCAGCAGAGCUUUCCAUCUCAGUCAAGCCAUAUGAACUUCUCCAUGACACAAGAGGAUUUCCACCAGCCUUCUGCAUUAAUAACCUCAAAUCAACCCAACUUUGAGCCACAACAGAAUACAAUCAGUACCGUUGGACAGAGUUUCGCUUCCUCAAUGGUACAACCUCACCCUCCACCUAAUCCUAAUCCAGGAAACAAGCACCAAGAAGUCCGUGCUGGGCAGCAGUUGGGAUACGUGAGAAUUUCUCACCUAACAAAUGAUGUAAGUUCAGGGCAGCAAAGGGCACACUCUUCCCCCAAGAGAACAACUGGUGUAGGAUCGUUGCAACCACAAUUUAACAGUAGUAUGAGAGAAGGCCAUUUGAUGCACUAUUAUGGUCAAAUACAUAUGUAUGAACAAAAUGGGAAUGUCAAUAACCAAACAGAUUACAACGCCAGACAACAAUGUGCGCUGAACACCAAACCAGCCACCAUGCCUUCCCCUGGUACUAAUCAAGUUUCUAGCACAGUGGAUUCUCAGGGUCUGGAAUCUCCUCAGAUAGAUUUUGAUGCUAUCAUGGAUGAUGGCGACCAUUCAAGUCUGAUGUCAGGAACCUUGAGCCCUAGCAUCCUGCAGAAUCUCUCUCAGAACUCUUCUCGCCUUACAACUCCCCGAAAUUCUCUGACACUGCCAGCUAUACCAGCUGGAAUUAGUAACAUGGCAAUAGGGGACAUGAAUUCUAUGCUGACCACCCUGGCAGAAGAGAGCAAAUUUCUUAACAUGAUAUCUUAAUGCAUAAAGCACAAAUGUACCUCUAAGACAUAUCCAGAGAUUAUGUGCUGGGCAAUGUUAUGAAUGUGCUUUUCUUUAAAAAAAAAAAAAGGAGAAGGAAAAAAAGUUUCCAUAGAGUAGACUUUUACAAGUAUUAAAACAUAUUAAGGGAAUUCCAAGUAAGAAAAAAUAUCUUUGUACAAACAUGCAUAAACUAUGUUUAAAAAAAGCACUGAAAGGAUGCACUUCUAGGAUUACUUUGGUGCUUGUUUUUGGAGUGCUGAAAGAUGCCACCCUUCUUCUUAAAGUGCUUCUGAAAUGUGUCGCCAGUUAUAAAAGGUAGAUACAUUGAGAAUCCUUUCAAAAACCUGACUGCCAUUGCCACCCUCCCUUCCCUUGUUAGCUUGCAACGGGUUAACGUUUCUUCAAACCAUCAACCUCAAAAUUAAAUGGCACUUUGCCAGUUGUGAGACAUUCAAAAGCCAUGUGUUAAAAUAAUCACUGUUUAAAAUGAAGCUUUACUUUUUGCAAUCUCCUUUUGGCUUUCCCUUACCUAUAGCUGCAAAUAUGUAAUGCCUUGUCCUCCCUAGCGAGAGUUAUAAAUUUAAGCAUAUGCAAAGCCAUACUAUAAAUGCUUCAUGCUUUGCUUAUGACCAGUUGUGCAUGCAUGCACAGACACACACACACACAACUUCAUUAUUACAGCCAGUAUCGCUCUUUGUAUCUUGCAGCUUAGCUGAGAAUCAACUUUGAGGCAAAGUGCCUUACUGUGCAUUAGCAGUUGAGACUUCUAGGCAUCUGUUGUCCAAUAAUGUCAAAUAAAGUGUAUAUUGCCAGAAGCAUAUAUAAAAUAAAGGUGCAUUUAUGUCAGGCAACACCGUGUGGCUAAAAGGACAUUUGAGAGAGACAUGUUGAUGGGGAAAUGUGAGAAACUAUUGGGCUUUGGUUUGGUUGCUUUUUCUAAUCAGAGGCCAUCAUGGAGAAUGAAGUGGAAGUUUGAAAAACAAACUAAUUUAAAGAUAUUGUAGGGGGAAAAAUCUCUACCAUGCACGGUGUGAAACACAGAUCACUCUGAGUUUCUAUGGACUUCACUUUGGAAUUGCUCAUACAAAAAUCAUAGUGCUGGAGUUUGUUAAAUGACAUAAAAAUGAUGCAGCAGAAAUGUGAAUGUUUUUAUGUCAUGAAAUUUGUUCAUCCCUCCCAGUUAGGUGUUCUAUAAAACUGUUUAAUUACACACUGCAUGGGUUAGCUCUGACUGAUAUGUCACUUUGGAGGUGGCCAACUGGCUUUGGUAAAAAUGAUCUUCUGUUUGCUUGACCAGUUGUGAUGUCAUUAUUGUGAGAUUUUAAAGCCGUUCGGAGUUCCUUGGAAAAGAGGGAUAGCCCAGAAAGAAAAUAAUUUAAGCAUGAAAUUAAUAAAUAAUGCCAGGCGCCUCUUCAAACCCAUUGUUAGAACUCUAAGUGGCAUAAUCUCAUGAAAGCUUAGCAUAACUGCUUUGAAGACCUUCCCAUAUUGCCUAAGCAUGGAGAAAACAAGGAGAUUCAACAACCGUCUUUCAGAAGGGUCUUCUGUGUCUUUGCCAUUGUGCUCAGAUGAAAUGGGGAGGCCCUUGAAGAGCCAAACUUUCAAGAUAACAUGAUAGAUUAGUAGAAUGGUUCAGUGCUACAUGCUCAUCAACUUAAGCUCAUAAAAAUGAAUAUUCUUGUGCUAUUACAAGAAUGGCAAAUUUAUAGUCAGUAUUAUGGCAUCUAAGUUGCCAUCCAGUUGCCAUGUAUUUAGCUAACAUACUAUUUAUAUACCUAACCCCUCCAGUAAGAAGAAAUAGUACAUCCAUGCCUACUGUCCCAUCUCUCUUAAGAUAAUUUUGGGUGUCAGUAAGCAGCUGUUGCCAAAACUGCAUGUUAUCCAGAAGUACUUGCACUGCAUAAUUGCACUAAUUAAUUCAUGCAAACCAAUGGGGGUGUUUAUGCAUUUAUCUAAUAGAAAUUUGGAAAACAUUAUUUGGAAAGAGAAAAUUAUGAGAUCAGACAAUCAUUAAGGGCAGAGAUUCCAACCAGGAAAAGCUGGUGAAAAAAGUGGAACAUGAAAUUAGGCAGCUGCCAAUUGCAAUACAGGGUAGAGUGAAUAUCAAAUGUAAAAAACCUUGGGGUACCAAGGUUUGCAUUUUUAUAAUGGGGCUCACUAGAUUUGAGUUAAGGUAUUCAAGCCCAAAUCACAGGCACUACCUAUCAACAUACACCGAUAUCUAUCUAGACAACAUUUCUGGGUCAACUGCUGAUAAAACAAAGUUUGCUCUCUCCUAUACAGCUUCUGCUUUUCCAAAUCUGCUUCAGAUGAUUGAAGUUUAUCUAAAACGGGUUUGAGAGCACACCAAAAAGAGGAGCAGAGCAGACAAAAGAAAAAUAAAAUCCAAUUGUCUUGUGUGACAUUAGAGUUAGCUCUAUGGGUUUUAUGGUUCAGCAGAAUUAUAAAAGCAUAGCUGUAAAAGGAUGGUAUAUUAUGAAUUCCCCACUUUAUACAUUUAUACAUUUGAUUAAAGUGACUUAUUUCAUUAUUUAUUUUUGAACUUGUUUUAAAAAGAAAGGAGAUAUAAACCCAGUUCUUUAAAGAAACAGGGCCCCCAAGAGUGUCUUUGCUCAUUUUUUUUUGCCUAUCAGUAUUCUGUAUCAGAAUCUGAUCCAUUUGCAGUGCCAUUGAUCUACCUUGUAGCCUCUACCUUGGAAAUACACUGUCCGGCAAACAUUGCCAAGAUUAAGUCUGAUUAGGAUGACUUGAAUGUGGACCUUUCUGGCUGCAUACAAGCAUAUGGACAUAAAGUCAAGCCAAUCACACUUCUCCCUCCAUAAAAAGCAUGGAAGUUUUGAAUAGCCAUGUUUACAUCAAGAAAUGCCAAUAUAUGAACUGGUUCUCAAUUUAAUCAAUAGCUAUGUAUCAGCAGGUGAUGGAUUACUGUCUCACAGGUUUUCCUAUGUCUGAUGUUUAACGCCAUAGAAAAGGGAACUUCUCACAGCAGAGUUUGUGGUGGCAAAAUUUUCUGGAUAGUACAUUUCCAUACCCAUUUCUUAUUAAUUAUCCUUUCCUUUAUCUGUACAUUUUUCAGUAUCAUCAAGAAAAAUCUAUUUGGUUUGGUCUUUCAUCUUGUUAAAGGUUACCCUGCAGAAUAUGUUUGUUUGGGUGUCUCAAGAAAACCAAUUUAGUAUUCCAAAAAUGUAUUGUUUCUUUGUUUCCCCCCAUUCAUAAUGGACAAUGGAAGACUUAAAAGAAGGAGAAAGGGAGAGAUAAUAACUACAGUAGUUCUUCUCAAGACAUCUGAAUAUUGAACAUCUAAAGGCAAGACAGGAAAGUGAUUUUUUUUUAAAUGAAUUGUUCUUUCAGUAGGAUGACAGUGUUGCUAUCAGCCUACUAAUGUGGACCUUUCAGAUCUGUUCAUAGGACCAUGCUCAAGUGAUAUUUGUGUAGCAUUACACACAUGAUUUGGUUGUGUGACACCCCCCCUCCCCAUCCUCAUCACUUAGAAUUGUCUUGAUACAGAAUAAGAAUAGCACAAAGUUUCAAAGAGCUAAGAAGAUAUUGGACCUCCCACAAGCCAUCAGGAUGCCUGGUUGCAGGAAUGUGUACUGAUAUGAACCUUGAAAAGCAUUAACAAAUGCAAACACAAACAGUUUGUCCAUUGUUUUCUUCAACUUGUCCAUGGUGGUCUCCCUUUAUUUUCUGUAAUAGUAUUAUAACAAAAAAAAAAAAAACCUGGCUCUGUAUAUAUUCUGUAUAGAAGGCAUUCAUUAUUAAUAAGAGUACUGUAGCUGAAUUGUUCUGCCUUUAUAUCUCCAGGAGCUUUUUAUCUGUUUUCUACAUCGUACGGAUGGCAGUCAUAUGCUAAAACUGUAUAUAAAUG